GGCGUCAUGAGUAAAUGAUCGAUCGUCGCGGCGCCAGGAAAUCUGUUAGUACUUUCUUCGCGGCAUCGAGAUCUUGCCUCGAUCCCGAGCUGUCAGCGAGAUUCCUCCUGUGGAGCCGAAAUCGCGAGCAACAGGAAGACAAUCCCCUCGUCUUGGCCGCAUUGAGGGCGUGUAGGAGAUUGAAGGACUUGGAGAGCGGCAAGAGGAUCCACUGGAAUCAUCUCCGGCGACGAGCUUGGGAGACGCCUGUGCGGUGUUCCAGAGAAUGCCGUGCCACGCCUUGGUUUCCUGGAACGCUUUCUCGCUGGGGCUCGUGGAAAAUGGCGAGAACGAGCUAGCUCUCGAGUUCUUCCAGAGGCUCGUGCAAGGAAGCUGUGCGAUGGAUGCUAGAACUUUUGUGUCCGCGCUGAUGGCUUGCGCUGGCUUGGCGGAGCUUGAUCAUCGCGCGAGAUGGUGCUUGGAGAAAGUUUGGUCGAUUUGUACGCGAAGUGUGGGAGCAUGGAGGAAGCGCGAGAAGUUUUCGAGAAGGCUACACAGCGUGAUGUGGUGUUGUGGACUGCUUUGAUUUUCGGUUACGUAGAGAACGGCCAGUGCGAAGUGGCUAUGGAGCUCUACGAAUCCAUGAAAGAGAAAGAAGCUGGCGUGGAGUCAAACGGGAGGGCCGUGAAGCUCAAGAGCUUGGAAACAUGUUUCACCAUCCACGCUCGAGCUUUGGAGGGGAGCUGCAACGCAAACUUGGACUGCUUCGUGGCAAGAUGCCUGAGCACGACGUUGUGCUGUGGACGUGUCUGAUCCUUGGAUGCGUGCAAAACGGCGAGAGCGAGGUCGCUCUGGAGCUUUACGAGUGCAUGGAAGCGCAAGGAAGAGAGCGAUGAGAUCAUCCAUUGGAAGGUCAAGAAUCUGGAAAAGUCUCUCCGGAUCCACUCUCAAGCAGCGAAAGCCGUCCAACUCGGUGAUAUCUUCCUCUCCAGCGCCCUGGUCGACACUUACGCAAAGUGUAAGAGCAUGCUGGACGCUCGAGCGUUGUUCGACCAGAUGAAGCAUCACGACGUCGUGUCGUGGACCUCGUUGCUACUGGGAUAUGCUGAGACGGGGGAGAGCAAGAUGGUUUUGGAGCUGUUCAAAGCUUUUGAAUGCACAGGGCUGGAAGCAACGCUGCCAACCUUUGCAGCGGUGCUGAUGGCUUGCGGGACUUUGGUGGAUCUGGAAACCGGAAGGGAAAUCCAUGCUGGGAUCUGCAAGAGGGGACUGGAGAGCAGCAGCGUCACAAACAGUGUCAUCGAUUUCUACGGCAAGUGUGGAAGUAUAGCCGUUGCUCAGCACAUCUUUGAUUCUGCUGUGAUAUCCAGGGACGUGGUUUUGUGGAACACGCUGAUAGCAGGCUAUAGUCACCAAGGCGAUGCAGCCAAAGUGGUGGAGAUCUUUGGUAACGUGCUAGAGGAGGGCGUCAGGCCGGAUGGAUUUACGUUCCUCUCGGUUAUCGCGGCGUGCAGUGCCGCGGGAUGGAUCGAGCAGGGCCGGAAGUUUUUCCAGGAGAUGUGGAGGUAUGACAUAGCUCCAGGCCUUCGCCACUACUCGAGCAUGGUGGACUUGUUUGGUCGGGCGAGCUCUCUUGAGGAAGCGGUAGCAGUGGAGCGAGCCAUGCCUUUCAAGCACGAUCAAGUAGCACGCACGACAUUGUUGGCAGCCAGUUUGCGUGAUUAAGUUCCAUUCAUAUAAAGGUUUAUGAAUUUAAA